UUGUGAGCUGCAGUGUUGUGUGUGAAGUGCAGAAGUCUGAGAGAGUGUCAGAGAGACACUAGCGGCAUUUUGUUAACUCCAGUUUUACUGCUCUGCUCUACUGCGCUCAGGAUGUGGGUUUACCUGCUAAACCGACGAUGUGUGAGGUGAAUGGAUGGCAGCAACACUGAGCUGGAGACACUUUUCUUUGGACUCACUGAACCAAACACAAGCAAUGGAUGCUGGACAGUAAACUGCAGGUCCUGAAAGGUGAAGAUGCAGCACACAUCAUGCACAGAGGACAGGAUCCAGCAUGCUCUGGACAGGUGUCUGGACGGGCUGAGAGAGAGUCCCACAGCUGCACAACACUGGAACGUGCUGAUGUGCUCAGCAGGUCAGUCCAUGAACCGCUGGAGCCUGGAGGAGCUGGUUAAGAGGGACCCUGAGAACUUUCUCAUCCUCUUACAGCAGAUUAUCAGAAAGACCAAAGAGGUUCAGGAGAGCUGUCGCUAUGAGCUGGUGACUCCCCUUGCGAUCAUGUUGUCCUCCACACUGCUGCAGACGCCGUACUGUCCUCCAGACACAGAGCUGCUAGAGGAAGCUAUUGCUGUGUUUCGCUGCUUCCUUACCUGGCCAGAGCCAUACAGCAGUGUGUGUAGAAAACUCCUCAGCACUCUACAGCUGGAGAUCAAGGCCCCAGGGAUCUCCUUUCAGAGAAUGGUGAGAGAAGAACAAGGCCUCAUCACAUCCAGACAGUCCUCUAAGACCAUGACUGUGCUGCUGAUGAACCCAGGUGAGGUGCCCCCUGACUUUCUCUCAGUAGCUGAACAGCUCAGCAGAAUUCGGCACUCAGAGACGGAGAUCUACAUAACCCUGAUCAAACAGGCCUUCCAGUCCACACUGGGCACAAAGUACCCCCUCCACAGUAUCCACAAAGCCCUGCAGGAAAAAAGUGUGGAUGAACUCGGGGAAAUCUUCUCCGUGGUAAGUGAUCUCUUGGAGACUGCCGCUGCCAUGAGUGACCCUCUGAAGGGCCGUAGUCAUGUGAUCCAGGGUCUUGAGCAACUGAGGGAGAGUAUGAGAAUCCCAGCAUCAAACGGAAGGAAAUCUGAUGGAAUGCUACAGACUCUACCUCUGCCAACAGCAAAGUGUUACAUGUUUCACUGGGAAAAUGAUAGUUUUGAUGUUCUUAACACACUUUUGGAGAAUGACCCAGAUGACCUGUCCACCAACGGGCAUGCUGAGGAAGACGAGGAGGAGGUAGACAGUGUUAAUGAUGAUGAUGAAGAGGAGGAUGUGAUAUGUAAUGGUUUAAGAGGAGAAGUGGAUGAACAUGACAAAGAUGGAGAGGUGCAUGGAGUUGAGCUGCCGUUAAUGUCCGCCCAUCGCGCCUCCACCUACUCCUCCCUGUCCACCGCCUCCAAAGACUCCAUGUUCUCCACCCUGUCUGUAGCCUCUGGGUCCCACGCUCCUUCCCUCUACUCCAUAACUUCUGGAGUGGAUAGUGACUUUUUUGAUGAUUUUGAUGAGUCUCCCAUCUCUGAAAAAUGUUCUCCAGUCAACAGAGCCUCAGCUCGUCUCAGCCAGCAGUUUUACCGGCUCUUUAUUAAACCCAAAAAAUCCCGGUCGCUGAUCCGGGCAAAAAGCCUUGGAAACACAGAAUCAAAGGACCUUUUAGUGGUGCGGGAUAGACGCUCAAAUUCUCUACCGCAGCAAGUCAAGUUACGCAGUCCUGAGCCUCUGCAGCAACCACAAAGUCAGACUCUCAGACAUGUUUGCUUUCGGAGGAGGCCGAUUCUCAGCAGCGAUGAGGACAUCAAGAACAUGACGCUCAGGGUGGUGGUGUUUGGUGCUGACCAUGUUGUGGGUAAGGUGGCCCGAGCCUACAACAGCCUUAGGAGGAAGGAGACUGAAUGUCCACGCCUCAGCAGGGCAUUCAAGCUUCGGUUCUACUUUGUGCCUGUGAGGAGAGACUCUGCGGCUGGGCCAGGGAGUCUGAGGUCUCCUAGUUCUGUGGUCCAAACCGGAACCCCAAAAGGAGCAAGCCUGUCUAACCAGGAUCUUCCUCUCAUGAGUACAGGGGACAGCACUAAUGACAUUGCUAAUCUCCUUGGUAUGCUGGACCCAUGGUACGAAAGAAAUACCCUCAGCCUGCUUAACUUGCCUGCCACUGUUGUCUGCCAGCAAACCUCUAAGACAGAGUCAGAGUCAUACGACAGUUCGUACGAGCAGCGUUUGCCCAUCCUGGCCGACUUGGUCUUAUACUACUGCCGUUAUGCUACCAGGCCUGCUCUGAUCCAGCUCUAUCAAGCUGAGUUGACAUUAGCUUGUGGAGAGAAGCGGACUGAGGUGUUCAUCCACUCACUAGAGUUGGGUCACACUGCAGGAACACGAGCCAUCAAGGCCAUGGGUGCUGCCAGUAAACGGUUUGGCAUUGAUGGAGAUCGAGAAGCAGUGCCACUAAUGUUAGAGGUGCUAUACAACAGGGUGGUCAUCAGUGGGAGGAGCCAGUGGAAGAAAGAAACCAAAGUCUGUACUUCAGUGAACUUAACCAAAGCUUGCAAGAACCCAGAAGAACUAGACUCAAAGAUGGAGUAUUUACUGCUGACGAUGACGGAGGUCCUAAAGAGACAGAGCGGUAAAAGCAAAAAGGGGUACAACCAGCAGCUGAGUGUGACUGAGGUGAAAGUGGACAAGGUGCAGAUCAGCGGUGCUGGAGACACAACAUUUGCUGUUUGUUUGGACCAGGAUGAGAAAAAAAUCCUACAGAGUGUCACCAGAUGUGACAUUUCAGUGUGCUAUAAACCUGACAGCUCCAGCGACUGGAAGUUAAGAGAGUUCCUGACCUCAGCCCAAAUUCAGCCUCUGAACCCCACCUUCUGUUCCCUCCUCUGCCUGCCCAUUGUCACUUUCAGCGGGGCUCUUCCCUGAAACUGCUGACCACCAGCUUUAAAGGAAAGGUUCACUGCACUAAUGUUUGCAUGCUGUGAAAAACAGACACUGCCUGCAGGGGGAAGUGGUCAAGUUCACAUCAAAACAAACAUGAACACUUGGGGGCAGAGCUCUUUAUAAAAUACAAGGAUUUAGAGGGAAGGACCAAUCAAGAAUCUAAAGACCUGGCUGGCUUGUGCACAAAACUGUGAAACUAAUAAUGAGAAUAGAUGCAAGAAUUUGAAUGACGUUUAGCUGUUAAUUUUCAUAAGAGAACUACUCCUGUUUCAACUAACAAGUUUCAGUUCCUCUGGGUGUAUCUACAGGAUCUCAGGGAGGGAAACCAGACUUGUAACACCAUAAUGCAUGGGCCAGGAUGCUGACUAGAACUUAUUCAAAACCAGACUGAACCAAAUACCCACAGCCCGAUAUUUACCCUAUGAGACUCUACCUAAAAUUGGACACUAUGGACUUACAUGAUGUGUAAAUAUUGUGUUUGUUAAAUAUUUACUUGUAUAAAAGUGAAUGUAACUUAAUUUUUAUAUAUAAAUAUUGUAUCUGGGUUUUUGUGAAAAUAUUUCUCCAAAGAUUUCUUAUGAAGUCACAGUUUUACUGUUGUUAUUAAUGUGGCCAGCAGGGGGCUCUGUUGCACUUUUACUUCUGUUGAAGUAUAUACAGUACUGCUUGAAUAUUGUAGAGAUGGCAAUACUUGCAACUGUCACUGAAUACUGUCAUGAGAAUAUAGUAUGUAAAAGAACUGUGCUUUUGCAUUGAUAAAAUAUGUAAUUGGUGGUGCAUAGAGUAACAUGAAUGGAUGCUACCCUUUACGAUAAAAGUAACUGAUUCAUAGCACUUAGCAUGUUGCUAACAAGGACAUUUUAAACAAAAUCCAUCAUUGUGUCCAAUUAAGAGUUUUCUGAUUCCAUAGCUAUGACUGAAAAUCAUAACACUGUAGAGAAUAUUUAAGAAUUUAAAGCUUUAAACAUUAGAUACAGAAAAUUAUAAGGUACUUUGAUUUACAGAUUAUGCCCCUGCAUCACUGCUCUCCUCCAACUGUUUGUAUCUGCUGUAAAUACAUUUAAGUGCAAUAUUGUUUUUCAUUAUAUGAAUCAUGAAAUACAUUCAUCUGAAAUUUUUCAUUAAAAUAUGUCUUAA